AUGAAGUUCCUCGCUUCCUCGAGCAAUCUGCUCUUCCGGUACACUUCCGAGUCCGUCAUUCCUCCAGUCGCCCAGCGCUACCUAGGCUCCCCGGUCCAUCCGAUUCGACCAAAGAUUGCAUAUAUGUAUCAGCAUCGUGAUCCAAAUAUACUCUGGUGGCGGGUCUCGGUAUCACACUUGAACCAGUUCAACCGGACCAUUCGAUCUUGGUGUGCGCGGAGGGCGCGCAUUGCUUUCCAGGAAGCUCUGAGGCGACAAGGGUAUGAUAAGUUAGGGCGUCCGAUCUGUCCACCUAGUUUAAUGGAGAAGCAAGCCUUAUUAGGAUCUUUUGAUAUUACCAUCCGCCCUUCGUGCGUGCAUCAGAGCUUCGAGGCUGUGCAGAAAGAUGCCGACUUCCUCUUACAAGGCAUCUUGAAACAGCGAGAAAGGCGCGCUGAGCGUGCCAAAUACAAAGGCAGACCUUCUUGA